AGCCCCCAUUCGUUUCGUCAAAUAUCAUAUAUAAUCUAUCAAUUUUCUCUCAGAAGAGGAAUAACAAUGGCCCUGGAAUGGGUAGUGCUUGGCUACGCCGCCGGUGCAGAGGCCAUCAUGGUACUCCUCCUCACACUCCCCGGCCUCGCCGGCCUCCGCAAGGGCUUGACCGCAGUCACACGCAACCUCCUCAAACCCUUCAUGACGGUGGUCCCCUUCUGUCUGUUUCUUCUGAUGGAUAUUUACUGGAAAUACGAGACCCGGGCCAGCUGCGAAGGCGACUCUUGUACUACUUCCGAGCAUCUCCGUCACCAGAAAUCCAUCAUGAAGAGCCAACGCAACGCGUUUCUCAUCGCCGCCGCCCUUGUUUUCUAUUGGCUUCUUUACUCCGUGACUCACCUUGUUGUGAGUGUGGAACAGUUGAAUGAGCGCCUGGAGAGGCUUAAGAAUCGCGAUUGA